AGCGGUGGGAGGCAGGCCGGCAAACAGGCAGACGGACUCGCGGGCGGGUGGCGGCGGCCGUGCUCGCGAGGGCGGGAGGCAGUGAGUCACUGAGCGUGUGUGAGGGAGCGAAGGAGCGAGCGGGCAGCCCGCGCCGUUCGCCCGCAGCACCCGCCAGGCCGUGCCGUCUCCCCGCCGCCCCGCGCCCAGGCCGGGCCCAGCCGAGCCGAGCCGGGUCGGGUCCGGGCCAUGCUGCUCACAGUGUACUGUGUGCGGAGGGACCUCUCCGAGGUGACCUUUUCCCUCCAGGUCGACGCCGACUUCGAGCUGCACAACUUCCGCGCGCUGUGCGAGCUCGAGUCUGGCAUCCCCGCAGCCGAGAGCCAGCUUGUCCAUGCCGAAAGACCUCUCACAGACAACCACAGAUCACUGGCUUCUUACGGCUUGAAAGAUGGGGAUGUGGUGAUUUUACGACAGAAAGAGAAUGCGGACCCUCGACCUGCAGUGCAGUUCCCAAACUUACCACGGAUAGACUUCAGCAGCAUAGCUGUGCCUGGCACGUCCAGCCCCCGCCAGCGCCCAGCAGCAAGCACGCAGCAGCCCCACUCGUCUCCUGGAGAAAUAGCGUCCUCUCCUCAGGGGUUAGACAACCCAGCUCUGCUCCGAGACAUGCUGCUGGCCAACCCGCAUGAGCUGUCCUUGCUGAAGGAGCGCAACCCGCCCCUGGCAGAAGCCCUGCUCAGUGGAGACCUUGAGAGAUUUUCCAGAGUCCUGGUAGAACAGCAGCAGGACCGAGCCCGGAGAGAGCGAGAGAGGAUCCGUCUCUUCUCUGCUGACCCCUUUGAUCUCGAAGCUCAGGCAAAGAUAGAAGAGGACAUCAGGCAACAGAACAUUGAGGAGAACAUGACUAUAGCCAUGGAAGAGGCUCCAGAAAGCUUUGGCCAAGUGGUGAUGCUUUAUAUUAACUGCAAAGUGAAUGGACAUCCUGUGAAAGCCUUUGUUGACUCAGGUGCGCAGAUGACAAUUAUGAGCCAAGCCUGUGCAGAAAGGUGCAAUAUCAUGAGGCUGGUGGACCGGCGGUGGGCAGGGAUCGCCAAGGGAGUGGGCACGCAGAAGAUCAUCGGCCGCGUGCACCUAGCUCAGGUUCAGAUCGAAGGUGACUUCCUGGCGUGUUCCUUCUCUAUUCUCGAGGAGCAGCCCAUGGACAUGCUUCUGGGGCUGGACAUGCUGAAACGGCACCAGUGUUCCAUUGAUCUCAAGAAAAAUGUCCUGGUGAUCGGCACCACAGGCUCGCAGACAACCUUCCUUCCUGAGGGAGAGCUGCCAGAGUGUGCCCGCCUGGCAUAUGGCGCUGGGCGAGAAGAUUUGCGGCCAGAGGAGAUUGCAGACCAAGAGUUGGCAGAAGCCAUUCAGAAAUCAGCAGAGGAUGCAGAGAAAAGCGGUAAAGAAUCUACCUCACUGGGAAUGUCAUCAUUACCGACUUCAGAUGGACUUACCCACCCAGCCCAUUCUUCAGGACCAAGUCCUGGGAUGGGUGACCCUCCGAGUCUUGCUCGCUCUGCCUCUGCUUCAGUCUGCCCUUUCAAGCCCAGUGACCCAGACAGCAUUGAACCGGAAGCUGUGGAGGCGUCAAAGACUUCAUCUGAAAUCCGGAUGAGCUCAAAAAAGAAAGAACUUCUACAAGAGCUUUCUGAUCAUGCUUUCUCAGCAGACCAGCGUUCAGCGAUGCCUUUGCAUAAUUCAUCUAAAGAAGCAGUCAUUAGAGAUAAUCUGGAGAAAUGUGCUGAAGGAAGCACCCAGGGCCUCAAACUUUAUCUCCAUACAAGACAAGAAGCUAGUUUAUCUGUCACAACUACUAGGAUGCAUGAACCACUGAUGCUUAUAGACAAAAAGGGUUGCCACCCAGAAAAUCAGAACCUGCAUCAGCUCAAUGGCCUUCAGCAGCACACAGAACCAGGGAAUAAACAACAGGAGGUCCAGCAGGAUGCUCCACAUGACCAAGGACAUCUUUGUGACCUGAGGGACCUUCCACUUCCUAAAGAAGAGGAACAGGAGCAACAGAAAGGUAUUGAUUUGGAAGCUCUGAUCACAGGAGAUAGGCUGCAGCAGAACAUGGAUCCAAGCACGGAGAAAAGCUUUCUAUCUUCAGGGUACUUUGGCUGCUCAAGUUCAGAAAUGCUCAUGGAAAUAGAUUUGGCUGAACAAACCCUAGUCACCGUGCUUAAUUCAGCAGGCAGGCAGAAUGCCAAUGUCAAGAACACUGGUGUAUCUAGUCUCAUUUCAGAUAAUCCCUUGAUGGAAGUAGAAACAUCAAAAUAUAAUCCUUCAUCUGAAAGUGGGAAUAAUUCUACUCCCCCCCAGGCUUUACAGCCCCCAGAAAGUAAUGUUGAAAUGUCUGGAACAAAUAAUGAAUGUGGCAAAAAUCUACCCUCUCAGAAUCUAUGUGGCAGUUGUAAGCCCUCUGUGGAUUCAACAGAAGAAUCUUGUUCGUCUGUAACAGCAGCCUUGAAAGAACUUCAUGAACUUUUGAUCAGUAGUAGUAAGCCCACUUCAGAAAAUACAUCUGAAGUUACCUGUCAGUCAGAAACAGUACCCAAGGGCCAAACGGGUAUUCAAGGCCUUUCAGAACGGUGGGCUCAGAAUGAGAAUCUGCCCCACAGAGAUCCGUGUCCAGAAGUCUCCUGCCAUCAGGCUGGAUGUGUAUCAGUGAAGACCGAAAACUUAGGCGCUGCACCUGGCCCUGGAAUGGAAGAUAAGGAAAAUACUAGCUUCCAAGGUCCAGGUAGUGGUCUGUCAGCUGACAAGGAAGGUGUCCUCAAGUCUAGAGAGUCAGUAAGUGAAAGCAGUUCUGUCACUGUAACCUCAGCUAAAUCAUCUAAUCAGUUACACUGCACCUUAGGUGUAGAAAUUUCACCCAGUCUCGCAGCCAGUGAGGAGGAUGCCCUCAAUCAGACUUCUGAGCACACUGAGUCUUUGCCAUCUAAUUUCAUACUGGUUAAAGACUUGGGUCCUGGCAUACAGAAUCCAAUAAUAGACAGGCCCGAAAUCAGAGAAAAUGCCUGUCCUGGCCCUGCAAGGCCAUUUCUUGAGCUGGAGCCGCCGAGCAGCCAUCCACCAUCAAGUCCUUCCCGCCUGCCACCCUUAGUGUUUCCUGCCACAGAUAUUGACCGGAUUCUUCGGGCCGGCUUUACUUUGCAGGAAGCUCUUGGGGCUUUGCAUCGUGUUGGUGGAAAUGCAGACCUUGCACUUCUUGUUUUGCUAGCAAAGAACAUUGUAGUUCCCACAUAACUAUGGGAAAGUGGGCUAGACCGUACUCCAUUCCCUUUAUUAAAAAAAAAAAAAAAAAAAAGCACUCUCUACACACACAUACAUACCACAUAGACAGUAUAUGUAGAAACCUGCAAGCAGAAUGUUGAGCCAGAUUGUUUUUAAAGAUUUUUUUUUUUUUUUUUUGCCAAAGUAAUUUAUGAUCUCUUGUCUGAUGAAUUUGUCUAUCCUAUUUGUUAAAUUUUGGGCCUUUAAAAAUGUAUUGGCAGUAUGUGCAUAUGAAAGCUUUUUAUUCUCAUUAAGGUGAUGUAUUCUGGAAUAAAAUGGAUGGUCUUGUGUAUAGUGUAACAUUUUAGAAUGAGAGUGAAUGCUUUAAAAAGCAGAGGCCAUGAAAAAUCCCCCCACCCAUGCAACGAGAAACAUUAGCUUCCCAUUUGUUCUGCUAUAGGCAGGGUAUGGCUUGUUGAUGCAUCAAUUUAGAAACUUUUGACCAUACUGCUUGGUUUUUGGAGUUCUACACAGUGGCUGUGUAUUAUUCAUUCAUCAGUUAUAACAGAAAAUUGAGGAAUAAUAUACACUAGAGUGGUAUGCUUUUAUUUGUGCUCAGGAUUUGACAUUUUAAUAGGGUGAGUGGGGGGCUGCUUUGUGCAUCACAAGCUGCCGCAUGCAUGGGUUGAUUGCCAGAUGUCUUUGUUACAUUGAGUGGGAUAGCUUAGAAUUAACAUUAGAGUGAAACAUGGUGCUACCCAGACUUUAAAAGGAAAGGGAUAGGAAGCCCCAGUCCUGAUGGCAUCUGCAGCAGUCAAGGACUGUGCAAGAACAGUGGCUUCAAUAAACACUGGAAUUCACGAAAGAUUGAGUUUACUAGCAUCUCGCUGAUUAACACCUCAACCCUCGUGAUUAAGGAUGAACUCAUGUUUAGUUAAAUGGGUUGGUUGCCAGUAGUUUAUUUCCUUUUCAACCUCAUGUACUAGAAAGUUCUUCCAGAGCUCUGUUUGUGCUGUAAUCUGAGUGAAAUAGGAAGUGUGAUAGUCUUGUCACUAGUUCAUCUUGGUGCUUGGAAUGGUCAAUUUGGUGUCACUCAUGGCUGUGAGAAUAGUGGUUUUUGACUCAAGUGGCCUUGGUAAUGUUUUCCAUCCCUUUGUUUUCUCAGGAGUUUCUUUUUUAAGCAAGAUUCCUGUUUGUGUUUACCAUGUCAAAUUAGAGUGGGGCAAAAUAUUUAGAUGUAUUUAUCGUGGCCUUUCUUUUAUAUAAGGACUAGCCCUUGGAAGUCGUCGUCCUGUGGGCCCCACUGUGCAAUAAUCCUACUGGAUAGGUCUUCGAUGAUUGUUUCCUAGGAAAUCAACUGUUCUUUUAGGCAUCUAGUGGGAAGCUGAAAUCUUAAUUUUUUUUUAAGAAAUUUGAAAGCCAGGCAUGAUGGUGCAUACCAGUAAUCCCAGCCCUCAG